AUGCCUGAAACUACAAAAACACUUCCAACAACUGCUGCUGUUGUUGAGACAACUACAACUUUGGUUUCCACAACUACAAACCAUCCUAAAACAACUACUGUAGAAACAGCAACACCACUUCCAAUAACAGAGACAACUACUACAGAGACAACAUCCUCAAACAUAGCACCCUCGUCAACAACUGAUAUAGCAACUAAAACUUCACUUGAAACAACAACAAUACUUUCAGCAACAACAAUUGGUGCAACAACAACAACUUUGGCUGCAAAAGUCCCCAGUGAAACUCAGGUCCUCAAUGUUAUCAACACUCUUCUGAAAUCCAGAGAUUCACAGCUUAACAAAUCAGUGCAGGUGCUGAAUUUCACCUAUAAGAAUAUCUCAGAGACCUCCUAUGCAAUCAUCUUUACAUUUAACCUGAUUAACAUUAGUAUACCAGAGGACCCUGAACUAAAGAACAACACCUAUCAGCACCUGCAGAAUGUUAUCAAUAAUGUGUUGAACACACUUCUGAAUGAACCUGGCAGUCAGGUUUUUGAAGCCAAGUUCUCCAAAUUCACUAUUGGGAAGGUGGUUAUUUACAUUCGGCUCAUAUUUAUCGCACGGGGCCCUGUACCAAGUGAGGCUAAAAUAUUACAGUUGGCUACCAAUCUGCUGGCCGCACGUCUCAGAACUAAACGAGAACUAAGGGCACAAAGCUUGGGUUCCCCUGUGAGCUUUGUGAAUAUUACUUACACAAAAAUUUCUGAUACGUCAUAUGCCCUGAAUUUUGGAUUUGAAAUCAACAAUGUUACCAUGUCUGAGAAACUUGAACUCAGGGAUUCCACAUAUAAAUCAAUCCAGGACUCUAUAAAUAAAUUGCUGAAUGAGAUCCUAACUGAGCCCACUGCCACUCCAUUUGUGUUCAAAGAUGUCAAUUUCACGGGUAAUUCCACCACUAUUCAGGCUGAUGUACACUACGUUUUCUCAGAAAGCGACAUCCAGAAACCCAGUUCCUUUCUCUAUGCACUCAUUGUGGUUAAUAAUGAGACUAUUACCACAACUACACCUGCUGCAACAAGAACCACCUUGUAUUCCACAGUGCUGAGCACUACAAUCACAAAUAACAGCACUAGUGCAGCAUGGGUUGUGGCCAUCAUUGUCCCCUGUGCUAUUGCCAUCAUCCUCAUACCUUGCUGGAUUCUCCUUUGUUGUUUGCUCUGUGGUUGCUGUGCAGCAUUAAGAAGACGGUGGUCCAGAAGACGGUCAUACAAUGUACAAUACACCACUCGAAACAGCCUUUUCUAG